UGUGUGUCUCCCUUUUGUAAAACACAGCAACGCCAGCCUUCUGCGUCGAGAGGGCACACUGCACUCAGCGUAAUUACGCGGACCCCUAGCUGGCACAGCGGUCAGAGAGGAAAACCAGAUUUUCCCGCUAUUGAACGAAGUGCAAAUGGACUUUUAAUCACGUCAUUCGGAUCAUUUGCAGAACUUGUUUUGAGCACUUCAAUGCAGUUUACGGCACAACAGCUCUUUCCUUCUUCUCUAAAAUUGGCUCCCGUACAAACAGCCGCGUUGGAUCCCUCGGCUUACUGCGAGACUCCGGUGUAUAACCCGGAUCUCUGCCCUAAUAUGAUAGCCGCCCAGGCAAAGUUGGUGUAUCACCUCAACAAAUACUACAACGAGAAAUGUCAGUCUCGGAAGGCGGCCAUCUCCAAGACCAUCCGGGAGGUGUGCAAGGUGGUGUCGGAUGUGCUGAAAGAGGUGGAGGUGCAGGAGCCGCGCUUCAUCAGCUCCCUCAGCGAGAUGGAUAACCGCUUCGAGGGUCUGGAGGUCAUCUCUCCCACCGAGUUUGAGGUCGUCCUCUACCUAAAUCAGAUGGGAGUAUUCAACUUUGUAGAUGACGGCUCUCUGCCGGGCUGCGCCGUCCUCAAGCUCAGCGACGGCCGCAAAAGAAGCAUGUCUCUGUGGGUCGAGUUCAUCACAGCCUCCGGUUACCUCUCUGCGCGCAAGAUUCGAUCGAGAUUUCAGACACUGGUGGCACAGGCUGUGGAUAAAUGCAGCUACAGAGAUGUUGUGAAAAUGGUCGCUGACACGAGCGAGGUAAAGCUGCGCAUUAGAGACAGAUACGUUGUGCAAAUCACGCCUGCUUUCAAGUGCACUGGCAUCUGGCCGCGAAGCGCUGCGCACUGGCCGUUGCCGCACAUACCCUGGCCGGGACCCAACCGAGUUGCAGAAGUCAAGGCGGAGGGUUUCAAUUUGUUAUCCAAAGAGUGCUACUCCCUGAACGGCAAGCAGAGCUCGGCAGAGAGCGAUGCCUGGGUGCUGCAGUUCGCCGAGGCCGAGAACCGGCUUCUCCUGGGCGGGUGCAGGAAGAAAUGCCUGUCGGUCCUCAAAGCGUUGCGAGACCGUCACCUGGAACUGCCAGGACAACCUCUGAACAACUACCACAUGAAAACUUUGGUUUCCUACGAGUGUGAGAAACAUCCCCGGGAGUCGGACUGGGAUGAAAACUGCUUGGGCGACCGCCUGAACGGGAUACUAUUGCAGCUUAUUUCCUGUUUGCAGUGCAGGAGGUGUCCGCAUUAUUUUCUGCCUAAUUUAGACCUGUUUCAAGGAAAACCGCACUCUGCUUUAGAGAACGCAGCCAAACAGACUUGGCGACUGGCAAGAGAAAUACUGACCAACCCCAAAAGCUUGGAGAAACUCUGAGGUAACACAAAAGAAAAGAAUAUGUUGAUUUACUUCCUUUUAAAAAUGUGUGAAAGAGGUCUAAUGAGCUCAUAAACGGACAGAGAAAAUUUGCCAAACAGUUGUGAAAUGUGACUGUCCUCUGUCGUUAAAAUGUUUUGGCCUAGCCUGUUUCAGUAUGGUUCUUUUCUAACACUAUCAUUUGUAAUUAUUCCUGUUCAUCUUUGGAGGUGUUAAUAGACUUUUCAGAAGCAAGUUCAAAUUAUUGUCAACAGUUAAUCUGGAAGGCCACAGAAGUUUUAUUUUUCUGUUUUUUUCGCACCACACGGUGGACAAAAUCCAACGUUUUCUUAAAUGCUUUAGAAUAAAGCCCCCAAACAAACUAUGAAUACAUAAAAAAAACCACAUCUGUACAUUUUAUUAUACUGUAAAUACAUUCAUAGAUUGUGAAUCAAGUGGUCUGAAAUUGUGAAUGUUGUUCUGUGACAAGUAAAUAGGAUCCACCUACGUUUUCUUUAUCUGCUAGAAACUUUUUUAAUUUAUUCUUGCAUCAGUGGUAGUCUGACUCACCUGUUUCAAUGGACAUUUUCUAAUUUUUUAAAGAGUUUACAUUUUGAUGGUAAGCGUACGACAUUUGUUACAUCUAAAACAUUCCAUCAGUUUACUUGAAUGAUUUAUUUAAAAGUACUCGAGUUUGUUUUCCUUCAUCAUUCUUAUAGGCCGACGUGAUUAAAAAAGAAAAUGAUAGCCUAUAUAUAGUAUAUAUAUUACAGUUUAAAUCGAAAAAAAUGCACUCGAAAUACACUGGAUUAUAACAUCUGUGAUCUGUUUUUAUUAUUAUUAUUAUUAUUAUUAUUUGUCUUUGAUCUAAUUUAAAGAGAUAAUAAAACAAGCUGUUUUAUA